CAAUAUAUGUCAGAAUUAUGACGGCGAAUUCACAUUUACAAAUGUUAUGAAAAUUAUUCUGUGAAAGUAUGACUACACGAAAUAAUGAGACAACUUUAUUCGAUAUUUAUUAUGCCUUUGUGUUAUUUCAGCUGUGUGAAAAAUUCUUAUUUCAUAAAGUACUGUUCUGAAGCGCCGUUGGUUUGAGUGUGAUAAAGUCAAUUCUAAAAACUCCGGCUCUUGUCAUCGUAAUUUAUAAAUAUCUUCUAUCAAUCUAACUUUGUUAAAAAUGAUGAUAAGCAGUUACCAGAAAAGAAAAAAAACAGAUUUAGAAGAAUUUAUCUGAUCUAGAGUUGAGCAGAGUUAUUUUUCUUCCAACGCUUUUAGUUCAGCUGUAGUUCAUUUAUCUGGAAGAAAUGUUUGUUUACGUAUCUUGACCGGGAAUCUAUUAAAGAAACUAUUUAAAAUGGAUAUAAUUUGGAUUCUUCUUGUAAUUAUAGUUACCGCAUUAGUAUUUUUAAAGAAUACAGAUUAUGUUUAUUGGCAGAAAUGGAUUAUUUCUUACAUAUGCGUAAAACUGUAUAAAAUCAAGUCCAAAAAAAGGUUUGAUUUGUAUGACUAUUCAAAAACUAAUGAUCCAGUCAGAGCAAAUUUUAUUGUCCCUCAAGAAGAAUAUGACAUAGAAGCUCCCCAGCCAGCUUCAGUUUUAAUAAAUAGCCACGAUGAAGUAUUUUUCUAUGGCGAAAACUCUAAUUCUGAUGUCUUGAUUGUCAGAAUAAAUCGUCUAUCUUCUACAACAGCUGAAGCUUCAAUAUAUUUGAAGCUUUCCAAGAACAAAAGCUAUCAUCUUGAGAAGAACUGUGACUUUCAGCAAUCUUGCACUGAUGGAAUGGUAUUUUCAUGUGGUUCUUUACAGCUCCAUUGUCAGUUGCCCAUGAGAAGAUGGAGAUUAUUUUUCGCUGGAUAUUUGAGAGAAGUUUCAGAAAAUGAUCAGAGCUCAAAAAAAAGUGUAUAUGUAAAGUUUGCCUUAUUGUGGAGGGCAUCAUCUGAUGUUUAUGAUUUUGCUUCAGAUGUAAGUACAAAAUGCUUAACUAACGGUCUGGUCAACGCUUCUUGGGAAGGGUUUUGCCCGCAAAUUAAAAGCCUCCAACAAACUUUGGAUUUCUAUGGGCAGUCAGGAGUAAUACACGGAACAAUAACAGUCGAAAAUGAAUUUGAAGACAAAGAAAUUUAUUUGUUUGGUCAUCGGAUAAGAUAUUUAGGAAAACUGUUUUCACAGGAAGAGUUUGAUUUUUAUCAUAUUUUGGGAUACACCAAAAAGUCUGGUACUUUCUUGCAUCUUGGAAAUAUUACAUCAUCAACAGCAAAAGAUUUUUCGUUCGGGUUUGUUGUCCAAUCUGAUGCUGAUUUGAAAAGUAUUCAAAAGGCUGCGGUUGCAAUUUCUCAGUCAGAAUCAUAUAAUAUAGGCAGCGUACAAGCUAAUUAUCACACUGAUACAUUUUCUUAUGACCUUAAAGGACUUAUUUCCAGUUCAGUUCUUUCAAGCGAAAAAUCGUCUCAAAGCAUUUACCUGAAAAGAUUGGAAAUCGAUUUAAAUGGUGAGAAAGGAUACGGAAUUUUACUGAAAAGACAGAACCCAAAAGAAGCAGAAAGUAUGUUUAUGAAAGAAAAAGUUCGAAGAAAACCAUCAGUAAUUCCUGCAGUUCUCCCAUUCAAAGAAGAUUUAUGCCAAGCAAUUGAUAUAACCGGUGGAAAAGGUUCGUCCUUAGGAAAACUCAUGGAAUUAAGUGAAUCACUAAACAAAGUAGGUGUCUAAAAGUUGUUCAAAUCAAUGUCUCAAAAUUGUU